UGAAGCCGCUGACCACCUGCUUCAAGGUUUACUCUUCCCACGCGCUCUGCAGAAAACCGCCAAAGAACAUAUUUCUAAUUAAUGAUUUUCUAUAGAAUAACAGCCAAAAUAAUACGCAUACGUACAAUGAGUGUGAAACAUAACCUUCAUUAAUGGCAUCCGUUGAAGCGGGUGAAACUUCACUCGAGAAAACUCGGUCAUCCGCAAGCGAGCAAGAAAGCCCGCCGGAAGAUGGAGAAAACAGCGACGAAUUUGCAAAUGACGCGGGGAGUUCUUCUGCAAAACAACACCCGACGAGUCCGUCUUCUGCCAGUCCUAGAAGUAGUCCGACCCGAAAAGCGGGCCUGAGGAGAUCGGUUGAAAUAUUCAGUGAUUCAGAUAGCACAGAUGCGUCCCAUGAAAUUGGUUCCCCAAGGCAACACACGACGACGGUGAAAAGACAAUUCUCUAGAAGGUUUAUGCGUCUUUGGUCUUCUAGUUUUUCCGAUAGCCAUCUAUCUCGAGGAAGGACAGGGACUAUUCUGACCAAGGACCCCGUGACGGGGGAAAGUGUGCGGAAAUCCAAGGUGUUGUUACUGUAUGCAGGAGGUGCUAUGGGGUGGAAGAUCAGCAGAGCAGGCUAUGAUGUUGAGAAAGACCUUGUUCUGAAUGAGAUGAAGAAGCUGCCAAUGAUGUAUGAUGAUGAUUAUGUUGAUAAUAUUGAUGAGAACCUUCUAGAUGACCUUCCAGAAGAGGAAGUGGCCAAUGAUCAGCUAGUCAUGCCGGUGUCGAGGUAUGGGGUGCGGGUGUUUGUUGAUGUUCUGGAGAUGGUUAAAGAAGAUCUUGUGAAGCACUCACAAGACAUGGACAUGAAGGGCUGGAUUGCCAUCGCAAACAUUAUUAAAGAGAAAUAUGAGAAAUACUCUGGCUUUGUGAUUCUUCAUGGCACUGACACCCUGCCCUACACUGCAUCUGCUCUAUCUUUUAUGUUUGAGAAUCUUGGAAAGUCAGUGAUAUUUACCGGAUCGCAGAGUCCCAUCAAUGAACAUCUGAAUGAUGGUAGAGACAAUCUGUUUGGUGCACUAAUGAUAGCAGGUCAUCAUGUUAUUCCUGAGGUGACAGUGUAUUUCCACGGCAAGUUGUACAGGGGAAACCGAUGCCUCAAGGUUGACUCUAGGAGCUUUGGUGCAUUUGACUCACCAAACUUUUCCGAGCUGGCCAAAGUGGAGUCUGGAAUUGAAGUUGAAUGGGAUGAGGUGUUCAGGUGUAAUGUCAGUGGAAAGUUUACUGUUCGCACAAACCUGGUGCCACAUGUUGGAGUCUUGAGAAUCUUUCCUGGUAUCACAACAGCCACUGUUAGGGCGUUCCUACAGCCUCCUAUAAGGGGUAUAGUGCUGGAGACGUACGGCAGUGGUAAUGGACCCGACUCCAGAAAGGACCUUCUUCAAGAGCUGAUGGAAGCAUCUAAACGUGGUGUUCUGAUAGUGAACUGUACGCAGUGUCUGCAUGGACAAGUGGUAGACUCCUACGCCACGGGCAAGGCCCUUUUGGAUGCAGGUGUCAUUCCAGGGUCUGACAUGACGACGGAGGCUGCCCUUGCCAAACUGUCGUAUGUCCUGGGUCUAGAUUUGCCUGUCAGAAAACAACAGCAGCUCAUGCGAUCUAAUCUGCGUGGAGAGCUGACAGAGUACCACACUAAAGGAUCCGAGCAGUUCUCCCUGCGAGAAAACGAGCUCAUUGGUCUAGUGGCUGCAAAACUCAACGUUGGGUCUUGUGAGGAAGUUCGGUACAUCAAGCAGGCUCUCUACCCCGUCCUAAUGUGUACAGCAGCAGCUGAAGGAGACGUGUCUGCCAUUAGGGAUCUCUGCAAGCAGCCUGGAGGAAACCCAAACUGUGCCACAGAUCACGAUGGACGCACACCGCUCCACAUAGCUUGCCUUGAGGGCCAGGAGGAAGUUGUGAAAUACCUACUCUACCGAGGGGCUUCUAUACAUGUCCAGGAUAUUUACGGGCAAAGACCCAUUGAUGACGCGAUAGGGGGUCGCCAUGACGACAUCAUACGCCUCCUUGUCGAGGCCGGCGCACACCUGGGCCCCACCACAAUGGACAUAGCGCGGGAACUCUGCUCCUUAGUGGCCGAGCCUGGCUGUGUGCCACGUCUUAGGGCCUGGUACCUAGCAGGCGCGGACUUCAAUGUCGGAGAUUACGAUAAACGGACACCGCUGCACGUGGCUGUGUGUCGCGGUAAUGUGGAUGCCGUGCGAUUCCUGUUAUCUUGCGGUGCAAACAAGAACAAUAAGGACAUGCACGGACAGACACCGCUAGACAAUGCCUACGUGCUGGAGAAUAAGGAAAUAUUGGAAUUACUGACCUCAUGAGGUGGAGAUAUUGGAUUUUUUGACCUCAUGACUGGGGAAAUUGUAUUUAAUGACCUCAUGACUUGGAGAUAUUGGAUUUAUUGACCUCAUGAGUUGGAGAUAUUGGAUUUAUUGACCUCAUGACUUGGGAAAUUGUAUUUAUUGACCUCAUGACUUGGGAUAUUGGAUUUAUUGACAUCAUGACUUGGAGAUAUUGGAUUUAUUGACCUAAUGACUUGGAGAUAUUGGAUUUAUUGACCUCAUGACAUGGGCAUAUUGGAUUUAUUAACCUCAUGACUGGAUGCGCCGUUUUAUGUAAUAUCUAGAGAUUUUAGAUUUAUUAUGGUCAUGAUUUGGGUUUAGGUA